AUUGACUCACCAUCAAUUUACAGCAGGCUGCCAUUCUUUUUUUUUUCUUCUUGUCUUUUUCGUAUCUCAUUAUGACUCAACUGCCAAAUCCUUACAUCCUAGCUGCGGAUAAUCCGUCGGCAUUGCUGGCUCUGUUGCGCUCAAAUCCCCACAUCGCAUCUUGUCAAGACGAGCAUGGAUACUCCCUCUUGCACGCUGCUGCUUCCUACGGACAUAUUGAUCUCCUGCGCGCUCUCGUAAAGGAAUUCAACGUGAAUGUCAACCUGAUUGAUGAAGAUGGUGAAACAUGCCUCUUUGCGACCGAGACGCCGGACAUUGCUAAAUGCCUCGUCGAAGAGCUGGGGGUAGAUAUUAAAAGAAAGAAUGACGAGGGGCUGAUAGCGCUGGAGACAAUCGAGAAUGAUGGCUCAUUCCCGGAAGUCGCAGAAUAUCUACGAACAAUAAUUGGGGGGAGCUCAUCCUCUGUCCCGUCUGUCAGCGACGCAUUGAACCCAGCUCCGCGACUGCCUCCCAAUAUCCAAGUGAAUGUCGGCACAAUGUCAGAACAAGAAGCAAGGGCUGGCUCUACAGAAGUAGACCCUGAGUUCAAGCGCAGAAUUGAUGAGCUUGCUGCCCGGGAAGACUUCCACAGCGAGGCUGCCCAGAGCCAGUUGCGGGCACUGGUGAUGGAUGCGAUUGGUAGUGCCAACAUUGAGACACAAGACAGAGAUGUACGACGGAGGGUGGAGUGAACUAUAAAAGCAAGAGACUGAAUAUACGGAACCUCGUUGUCUGGGCAGACGGACUGAGAUGCCUUCAGAGCAGUCCCUCAAACGACCUGCUCUUCAAACCACGGUGUCUCUCUAUCGCGUCCAAUCCCCGAUAGGGGACUGCGGACUAAAAGACCUUCGAGGUCUCUAUUAUUAUGGCAUACGAGCAGUACUGAGGCGCGGUCUUGUCUUGAAGGAUUCCGUUGCGUUUAACCAGUUAGAGCUGCAGAUGAUAUGUGCUGAAAAAGAGACGCUCAAGAUACCCUGUCCAGCAAUUUUAAAGGAUUCUCUG